AUGGAACAAGACCUCCAGACAAAUCCACCAUGGGACGGGUGGUACCAGUGGACACUGACGGCCUUUUACAUCUCGUAUAUCUCCUUUGAGUGGAUGUCGCUGCUGUGGAAGCUCAUCCCAGCCCACAUAUACGUCUCCAUGAUUGUGUUGUCGUGGGGCUUAACCGCCUCACUGCAGUCCGUCGCCGUUUCAUACCCCAUGCUCAUCCUUCUGCGGGUGCUACUCGGUAUUGGAGAGGCCGGGUUCACCGGUAUACCAUUUUACUUGUCUUUCUUUUUCAAGAGAGAGGAGUUGGCAUUCCGUACAGCCAUCUUUAUUUCUGCCGCACCACUGGCAACAACGUUCGCAUCGUCGUUGGCUUGGUUGAUUACCAACUUUGCAGAGAAUGGUCCGAUCGCCCCUUGGCGUCUGCUCUUCCUCGUUGAAGGCUUCCCAUCCGUCGUCGCGGCCGUCGCUGCAUGGCACGUCAUCCCCGAUAGUCCAGAGACGGCGCGGUACCUUACUGCGCGUGAGCAAAAAGUUGCCCGCCUCCGUCUUCGACGUGAGAACCCGCACAAGAACCGCGGAGACAAAGACUCACGUAGCCUCAAGGGUCGCGAAGUAUUGGCCGUUUUGUGUGACCCAAUGGCAUUACUGACGGCUGCCAUGUUCUUCCUCACCAACAUGGCGUAUUCCUCCCUACCGGUCUUUCUUCCCCAGAUCCUGAUGGAAAUGGGCCACUCUCGCCUGGAGUCUCAAGGGCUCAGCGCUCCGCCCUAUCUUCUGGCUUUCCUCGCCGUUCUCCUGACCGCCCACUUGUCGGAUCAGAUGCAGAACCGAUCUAUCCCUAUUGUAGUCCACGCCCUCGCGUCGGCCGGCGGAUAUUCCGCGCUUGCAUUUGCAAAGCCGCUAGGCCUGUCGCCGCUGGUGCGUUACCUGGCCGUGUAUCCCGCCGCCGUAGGCUUUUUCAACGUUGUGACGCUCACCGUGGCUUGGAGCAUCAACAACCAAGCUUCGGAAAGCAGGCAAGGCGGCGGCUUCGCCCUGAUGCAGAUCGUUGGACAAUGCGGACCACUCGUGGGCACGAGGUUGUAUCCAGAUAGAGAUGCGCCCUUCUACGCGCCUGGCAUGCAGGCCUGCGCGGGUGCUAUGCUCGCCGUGGCCGUCUUGACGCUAUUCUUGAGGUUCUACCUCGGCUAUCUGAACCGCAAGAUGGACGCCGUUCGAGCUAGUAGUAGUGAUGCUGAGGAGGAGGAAGGGCUGGUUGGUUCCAGUGUGCGCGCGACGAUAGUGAGCAAUAGGUUUAGAUAUAUGCUUUAG